AUGGAGAAAAAGUAAUAAAAAAAACGAUAGAGGAAGUUCAAUAAAGAACUGAAAAAAAUAUAAUAAUAGAAUAAAGAGGAGGAAAAUCAAAAGUUCAAAAAUGCUAGACAUAAGAACUUUAAAUAAGUUUACUAAUAGAAGUCUAAUGUAGGUUUGAGCUAAGCUCAAAUUGAAACUUAAUCGAUCAAACUUCUCCAAGAUCUAUUUCCACAGUGUGAGAAAGAUAUUAUAGAGGAUAUAUUUAGACAAAAGGGAGAUGAUCCUUUCUAAAGAGCUUUGGAAUAGCUAUCUAUGCUUUUUUAACAAGAGAUCCCUUAAUGUUAAAGCGAGAAUAAAGAUUCAGAUAGCGAAAUGAAAGAUUAUUACUUAUAUUAGGGAAUGGAAUUUUAGGAAUCUAAUCCUAAUGAUCUUGAAGAGCGCAAAUCUCCAAGGUAAAGUAAUCUAAAUUACUCUGAGCCUUAUAUCAUUGAAGAUGAUUAAGAUUUCGAUAUUAUGAUGAAUAGAAUUGACGAGUCUCAGUUUCUGAGAAUGAACAGCGAAAACAUUAGUCUUGUAAAUUCAAGUUCAAUGCAUAGUCAAUUAGAUUCUUCCCAGAAUCAUAUAAAAUAGUCAAACACGUUUGAUGAUGCUUUCUAGUUCUUGAUGGACUUAGAAGGCUAAUUCCAUGAACAUAAUGAGAAUAAUUUGAAAGAAUAGAUGAUGGAUGAAGAUGAAUUUGACCAAAAAGUUAAUAAAAAUAAAAAAGCAAAAAAAAUAUCAAAUGGUGAUAUGCAAAUGAAAAAAGCAAAAACUCUGAAGUAACACGAGCAAGAUGUAUUUAUGUAAUUCUUGGUUGAUAUCUAACUUCAAAAUUUCACUCUGCUAUAGAAGAAAUAUUAGCUUUAACAACUAUUAAAAGACAGAGGAGUAGCCUAUGAGGAGCAAAAGGAACCUUUAUAUAAUCAAAAGAAUAACUAAAAUGGUAAAAAUGGUUCAGGCUAAAAACCACAGAAUAAUCAUUAUAAUGGCUAAGGUUAUGUACCUAUUGACAGUAAAAAGGACUUCCCAGAUCUAAUAGAUGAAAAAAUAAUUUUCAGAAAAGUCAAGGAUGAUUAAGUCAAGUAAAGAAUGGAUAAGCACCAUCACAUGGAUUUCUAACAAAGAAAAAAGUUUAAUGCAAGUAAUGCAUAAUAAGAGGAGUAACUGUAUAGAAUCUAAGAUAAAUUCAAAGCUCUAGAUCAUAAUUUGAUCCAAGAAACCUACUCACUUUUAAAUGAUGCAAUGCUAGUUGAAAAAUUGCUAGAAAUAGCUUUUCCAAACCUAAUGUCUAAACAAAAUCAGUAUUAAGACAAUUAGCUUGAAAGAUUCUUUAAAUUCGCUCAGAAAAAGCAAGAAUAAAUAGACAAAAAGCAAGGGCAUAUUAAGAGUAUUAGAGAUUCUUAGAAUUUUUUUACACAAUAAAUUCUUUCAAAGUUUAGAAACAUAAACAAGCAAAAAUCAAAUGCCAAUUUUUCUCAGUAGAUUUAUAAUAAUAAUAGAAGCUUGACUUAAUAACUUUACGAUAAGAGAAAACUCUUCCUUAAUUAAGCAAGACAAGCCUAAAAAUAAGGAAACUAUCAAUAGAUGGAGUAUGCUUAAAAAGAAGCUGAAAAAUAUAGAGUAUUGUAUGAAUAAUAACUUCAAAAAGCUUAGAUGGAGAUUUUCCAGAUCAAGAAUAAUGGAGAUACCAUGAAUUGGUAUAUUGAUUUGCAUGGAAUGCAUUGCAGUGAGGCGAAAGUAAUCCUUGACAGAAGGUUGAGAUAAAUUUAGGUAGACUUAGAUAAGGGUUUAAUUGAGCCUAACAUUGAUAAAAACAAUCAUGUCUUGAAGAUAGUCUGUGGAAAAGGCAAUCACAGCAAGGGCAGAGCUGUGCUGAAGUUUAAAAUUCCUGAGUAUUUAGAAGAGAGAAAUUUCGAGAUUUACAACUUCUAAAAUGAUGGAGUCGUUUUGGUCAGAUUCAAAACACAUUGA